CGUCAGUCAGCCCACCAGUGUUGUACAAACUCGUAGAAGAGCAUUUUCGUUCCCAACCGAUCCUCCGUUCAAGAGUCACACAAGCCAACAAUCAGUCCGGCCGAAAAUACGGCGUCAAAUGGACCCACUUUCCAUCGGGAGCGGCGUUCUAGCCGUUGGAAGUUUCGCCUUCACGGCCUGCACUACGCUCCACAGCCUCAUCCGCAGCUUGCAAAGUCAGAACAAGGACGCCCGCGCGCUCAAAGCGGAAGUCGGCGACUUGGCCGGGGUCUUAAGCUCGCUUCUGGAGACAAUUGCGAGCAACCCAAACCUCGACUUUGAAUUCCUCCAGCAGCCGCUCCGACGGUGUGGUCAAGCUUGCGAGGAGUAUGGCAAAAUCAUUGCUCAAUGCACAAAGCAUUCCAAUGACACAUCGCGACCCAGCGUACGCGACUGGAUCACGCAGAAGUAUCUCCAAGGAGAUAUCAACGACUUCAGGGCCAUGCUUGCCGCACACAAGUCGACCAUUAAUAUCGCUCUUGCGAAUGCCAACUUACGCAUCGCCGCCAUCUCGCCCGAGGUUCUCGACAGUUACAAGGACAUGAUUGCCGACACCACCAACGAUCUGCAAACUCACCUGCAGGAUAUGCAGGAGAAGAUCGACCGCCUCAAGGCUGGGGAUGUUGAAGCUGUUGACCAAGUGGCACUAGAGUGGCAUGCCUUGGCGGAAGAAAAGGAGAGCACCAAGCAAGGCCUCGAAAUGUGUGCUCGCUUGUCUGCCCAGAUCAAUCAGUUCGAAGCGGCUUCGGCGGAGUCUGCUCAGUAUGCGGAGCGUCCCUCGGCACACAAACACAUCAAGACCGGCCUGAGUCAAGCUGGACAGUCCAUUAAGUCACUCGUAGACCGGCUGCAGUCCCAUGAGGCGCUCAUCAGCAGCCAGCUGGAAGCGAUGACUCUACAAGGGGCACUAUCUGAGCCCGUCGCUUCCCAGCUCGAGCGCCUCCAGCAGACAAAGGAGAGCCUCAGCCAGUGUAUCCGCAUCGUGUCCGAAGCUGGCGAGCUAGCCAAUGAACGCAGCAACGUCUUUGAGGACCUCACCUUGGCAGAUAAUAGCUACGCCUUUUCUGUCUCGACAGUGAACGAUCUCGUGACAGCCCGGCGACUAAACCUCAGCGGGCGGUCUCGGCACUUUGGUGGGCAGGUCACAGACGAAACUGUACAAAAGUCUAUAGACGCUCUCACACAAUUGGACACGGAGCAUCUUCGAUACUCAGCCGGGGUGGAUGGCCCUCGAAAAGCGACAUAUUCUGCCACGACAACAAAUGGCUCGACGAACUCCAGGACUUUUCGUGAUCGUUUCGGGCGGGGAGUCACACUAGCAGCAAAGAAUGAAUAAGAUAGCGUCCAAGGUGUAAUCCCGAUCAUGAUUGCAGUUUGACACACUUGUAUUUCAUGUUUAUACAACUACACAAUACUUAGCAUGCUUCGGUCCAAGCAGCCGCCGCUAACCUCCAGCACCUAUUUGAAAAUGACUCCCUGACACGAAACUCUGUCCGGACCCCAAGGCUCUCAGCAAAUACGGAGGGUUUCUUUUGCACCUUCCCUCUGCUGCCUGUUUGGCACCUGCCACUUCCACGGCAACCACGAAGCAGCUACAAGUACCUGCCUAGGUUAGGUACUUCAUGCCUCAGGGUGUACCUAAGUACCCGUCGGAGGUACGUACCUUACUGAUUGCGCGUACCUAGCCUGUGUGUAGGGUACCUAUAUAUACCUGCCCAUCCUCCCACCUUUUCAACCUUUUUCUCUUCUUCUCUUCUUCAUACUUACCUUCAUGGGGG